GUUGACAGUGUAUGGACAACGUUCACUUCAAUGACUUGUUACACAGCAGUAUGUCUGACACUUCUUCUGUCACGAUGCCACAGUCCAUCAAAAAUGACCCCAAACUGUUCAAAGACGAUGUUGACAUACGCUUCAGUCGAACACUCAACUCAUGCAAGGUUCCCCAGAUCAGAUACGCAACGCCUGAACGCCUUCUCGAACGCUUGACAGACUUGCGUUUUUUAUCAAUAGACUUCCUGAACACGUUUCUACUCACCUACCGCGUGUUCACGGACAGCGUCACGGUUCUGGAAGCUCUGAAGAAAGUCUUUUAUAAUGCAGAUCCGCCUGAAUCACAGACCUUCCCUCCUGGUUCUUUUAUGGACGAAUUGACUUCAACCCUCCAGCUGUUUGAUCCGGAAAGAAGACGGAGCAGUUUCUCCCCAAGACGAACCAGUGGAGCUAGUUCUGUCUCUGGUUACGGUUCCGAGAUGUCAGACUGCAGAGAUAGAAGCCACAGUUAUGACUCCCAGGCCAUGUACCCUAAGGGGGUGAGGCGUUGCAGCUUUCGCAAUAUUGAGGAGGAGCAAUUGACAAUGCCAGUGAUUGUUCGCGACAGCCCAGUUGUGAUGAGUCCAAGACGUAAGGUCAGCAUCAGAGUGGAGGAGGUGGACACCAACAUGCUGACAAUACCUAACACCAUGGCUGGCAGCUCUAGUUCCGAGACUCUGACAGACCAGACUGUGAUCAGCGCCCCCUCGUCUCCCAGCAACCUUUCGACAACUACUCUGGUGGCUUCCUCGGGCUCUGACUCCAGCGGUCAGGAUUGUACCCAAACACACCAGCAAAAAGUUAGCUCCCCUCCCAGUACCGAGACUGUGGUCACGUCUCCCUCCAAGACCACCUCCCCCUCCCGCACUUCCCCGUCCAAGGUGACCUCACCAUCCAAGACACCUCCAGGUCAAGAGGCUGUUCCAAAAGAGGCUGAAAGCCGACAAGGGCGAAAGAGAUACAGUAUAGAAAGCACACAGCGCAAGAGUAGCUCGGUGGGUCUUUCGGAAGACCGGUCCGACUGGCCUGAUGAUGGAGAGAUUCAUCCACCGCAGGUUUAUAGUGCUUCGUCUUCACGCUCAGCAUCAAUUGUAAUGCAGAACUACUACAGCGGCUACAGUGCCAGGCGCUCUCUGGUGGGUGAUGGAGAGGGAGGCGGGAGUGUCUCUCAGAGAACCAGCUUCCAGCAUGACUCACCACAGAACUCCAGCAAGGCCGGUGUUGUCAUCACAUCCUUCCGACAAUCGCAGAGGAGGUAAAUAUCUCAUCCGUUUGCUCUGUCUCUUGCUAAUCAUCAACUCAUAUUUUCCUCUUAUACGACUAUGUGAACAUUUGCUUUUGACAGAUAUUAAACAUACAUUUGAAUAUCCAGACAAGAACUAAAGAAUUAAAAUAUUUUAAG